AUGCAAUUCUCUACCGCCGCCGCUGUUGCCACCGUCACCGCCGUUGUCGCCGCUUCUAACACCACCACCGUCCACCAGGACUCCACCACCUUGGUGACCAUCACCUCUUGCGAGUCGCACGCUUGCUCCGAGUCCGUGUCUCCAGCUUUGGUCUCCACCGCUACUGUCACCGUCAACGACGUUGUCACCAAGUACACCACCUGGUGCCCAUUGCCAACCACCACCGGUGCUUCUUCUUCCGCUUCCAAGAACUCCACCACCGUGGCCCCAGGUUCCACCACCGCCUCUAUCACCUCUACUUACACUGGUGCCGCCGCCAAGGCUUUGCCAGCUGCUGGUGCUUUGUUCGCCGGUGCCGCCGCUUUGUUGUUGUAA